AUGCCGUCAACUCUGAGCAAACUGUAUCAUGCCCCAGCCAGUGGUUCCGUCGAGCGCACGGUUGCCGUGCUUUCUCAAGGGUCGGUAGACAUCGACGGAGGCUAUGGUGAUGUGGGCCGGACCCCGCUUAUGGCGGCCUUCACCAUGGGAUACUUGCGGGUCGUAAGGGUCCUUUUGAGACUCGGAGCCAGAGUGUCGGUGGCGGACAAUGACGGUGCGACGGCUCUACACCUGUCGAUUGUCAACAAACACCUGGCCGUCAGCAAGGCUCUAGUCAAGGCCGGAGCGGGCGUUGAAGCGCGUGGUGUAGACGGUACGCCGCUUCACGUGGCCGCGGCGAAAGGAUUCCACAAAGGAAUGGUGAUGCUGAUCCACGCGGGUGCGAAUGUCGAUAGUGAGCAAGAAGGCCGAGCGACACCCCUGUACAUUUCGGCACGACAAGGGAGACUUGAAGAUGUCAGGAUUCUCGUUGGGGCGAAGGUGAAUCCGCUCUUGCCUGCAUACGACGGCGAAAGCCUCCCGCUCGACGCGGCUGCUGAAAACGGACACCUGGAAGUUGUCCGCGAACUAGUACAGCGAUUCGGAAUCGACGAUAUCGUCACUUUUCUGUUUGACAACGGUGCGGUUGACGCGGAGGGCAUUGCACUGUGCGCUGCCGUUGAAGGUCGGCGUGAGGAGUGUAUCAAGCUCCUUCUUGCGAAUACCAGUACGCGUGCAUACGCCAACAUGGCCCACGACAGUACCUUGCCCAUGUACUCAAACCAACUUUUCCAAGACACCCCUCUUGUGAGCGCAUUUGAGCUGGGGGGCUUCUAUUCGCCCAGAAUCACGCGCUUGCUCCUUGACGCCGGCGCGGACGUGGCAUCGCGCGUUCGGUAUGAAGGAAUCGAAGGAGAUUGUGUAAUGCACGAUACGCCCUUGGCGAUCGCCGAAUCGAUUCUACCUUUGUGGGAGACCGAAUGGGAUGCUUCGGAAGACGUGGAGUUCGGGCUGAAGGGUGUCAUACGCUUGCUGAAGCAGGUGGAUGCAGUUCACGCGACCUCCUGGUGUUGGCCGAGCGCGCUCGAGAAAUCAACGCCGAUCGUUCGCAUGCUGCCGGGUCUGAAGCGCAGGGCGACGAAGCCUCGCGUGCUCUUGGCGGCCCUGUCCAGGAUGUACAUCCGCGAGCAACUCCAAGACGAAGUGGGCAUCGUGCUUACAACCUUUGAGGCGAUACGCUUCCUGGGCGAUACAGUGAAGAUUCAGAACCGCACUCCCCCCGACAUGCCAUCAACUCUGAGCAAAGCCAGCGGUUCCGCCGAUCCUACCAUUGCUACGACCGACAUCGACCGACGCUGUGGUGGUACGAACCAGACACCGCUGAUGGUAGCCUCCGUCAUCGGUUCCUCACGCGUUGUCAGAGACCUUCUGCGGCAGGGUGCCAGCGUCUCGGUAGCGGACAGCGACGGUUAUACUGCUCUGCACCACGCGGUUUAUCACAAACACCUGGCCGUGAGCAAAGACCUGAUCGAGGCGGGAGCGGACCUUGAAGCGAGGCCUGGUGGCAUAGAUACACCACUUCACGUGGCCGCGACGAAAGGGUUUUGCCAAGGAAUAGUGGUGCUGAUCGACGCAGGCGCGGAUGUGGACAGCAGGCUCGACGACGGAGCAACACCUCUGUUUUUAUCGGCAAGCGACGGGCGGCUGGAAGCGGUCAGAGUUCUCCUUCGGGCGAACGCGAAUCCGCUCUUGUCAGCGUACGGCAGCCUCCCGCUAGGAAUGGCGGUCUACCACGGACAUCUGGAAGUGGUCCGCGAGCUCGUGCAUUGGUACGGAACCGAUCGCUGUACAAGCGACGGCGGUGCACUGGCUCUCGCAACGGCCGCUUCUCGCAAACACGUGGACAUCGUCGCCUUCCUGUGCAAUGCCGGUGUGGUUGACACGGAGGGCGUGGCCCUGUGUGCCGCCAUUGAGGGAUGUAGCGAGGCGUGCGUGUACCUUCUGCUGAGGAGACAGGGGGGAAAUGCCAACACAGGUACGCGUGCCUACGUCAAUAUGGACCACGGUACUCUCCCGGAAACCUAUGAAGAAUUCGUGUUCCAAGAAACACCGCUGGUGAGCACAUUCAAUCUGGGAAGCUUUCAUGCUCCCAGAUUCGCGCGCUUGCUACUCGAAGCCGGGGCGGACGCGACAUCGGGCGUCCGGUUUCCGUGCGACAGUGAUGAGGGGGAAGAAGACGAAGGGUUCAUCGGCACGCCCCUGGAUUUGGCUACAUCUUAUGUUCGCAGAUUUAGUACAAUGAAAGUCCACCGCGAGAUGGUGCGGGGGCUGAAGGGUGUCAUCCGCUUGCUGCAACAGGAGGAGGCAGUUCACUCGGUGUCCUGGACGUGGCCAAUUGACACCGGUCGUUCUGCAGAGCGUGUGUCCCGGAAGAAAUCAACAUCGAUCGCUCGCAUGGUCCCGCUUCUGAAGCGGAGGGCAGCGACCCUUCGGGUGCUCUUGGCGGCCAUGUCUAGGUACAACAACAAGCAGGAUGGAGCUUUCCUCGGGUACUUGCCGGAAAAAAACGUGCGAGUCUAAUACCAGGAUGGAACCCAGUUGUCACUUGAGCAAGGUCGAAAGAAGAGUUUCGCACGGCGGAGUGCUCCACUUUUUUCCAGGGUGUUUCGCUGUUUACCGAGCAUGCUCUGUGGGACAUCGAUACAGGGGUUUGUGGCGUGUUUCAAUUCUUCUUAGGAAAAAGGAAGGGGUUCGAUCCCAUGGCUUUAUCGGGGGUACUCAAGCGACCUGCUGUCCCGAUAGCCGAAACAGGUUGGGGGGGGGGGAGAGCGCCGGUCUAGAAUCGUAGGGAGUUGGAAAACGUGUACGUGUCGCACAACAACCAGUGCCGCCCUCGGACGCUUUGACACUAAUCAACCCUCCGACCGUUGUCGGUUCUAUCAAACGAACUCUCGAGCUCGAGAGAGCGCGAGCUUCUAGUGCUAACGAAGAGCGCAAGCGAAGGCACCGGCAGCCGCCACCGGAACAACAGUAGAAGCCUCGAGCAAAACAACAGGAGCCCUAUCAACGCGUGGAGGAGAUCGAGACCAAGCCAUCUAUCAAGCAGACAGCGCUCCGUUCCGCGAACAUUAGCCACACGUAGAUUCAAGGCACGGCGUUGCCACCCCUCAGUGUCAAGCGUC